AGCACACGCAGGAGCGUCUAUGGAGCAGUGAGGGCAGGCGGGAGACGGAGCAACCGAACCUGGCUCGGACUGUAGCAGGAGACGCGGGGUGAGAGAGGGUAACCUGCCUAUGACGUCGCUGUGGUGUGUCUGAGCGGCGGUUCCCGGGGCGUGCUUCUCCGAUUAUCCCGUCCAUCCAUGCUCCAUUCGAGCCUGUAAGGAGGACGCGCACAUACUCAGGGAGGCGAGGGAAGCCCAUUGGUCUCCCUACCGACACCAGCGCCAGGCUGAGUCACUGUCGAGGAGUGGGAAGAUCUAGAGAGAGAGAGAGGGAGACAGCAUCACGGAGAGAGCGCGGGAGAGAGAAAAGCAACGGAAGGAGGGGAAAACCGCUACACAACGCCUUUGAGAGCGAAGCAAGAGAGAGAGAGCCAGCCAGCGAGAACGACGUAAAAAGAGAGACAGAGCACAGCAGUGAGGGAGGGAGAGAGACGCUGAGGCUGGGAGAGCUGACCCCCCUCCCCUCUCCUCUCCUCUCCUCCUUCCCCCCCUCCUCACUCCUUCAGGAGCUGGUGUGUAGGAGCGGCGAGUACAGUGUGACUGAGGCAACAUGAGCGAUGUCACCAUCGUUAAGGAAGGCUGGGUCCAGAAGAGAGGUGAAUAUAUUAAGAAUUGGAGACCUCGUUACUUCCUGCUAAAAACCGAUGGGUCCUUUAUCGGAUAUAAGGAGAAGCCACAGGAUGCAGAUCUUCCCUACCCUCUCAAUAACUUCUCUGUUGCAAAAUGCCAGCUGAUGAAAACUGAACGACCAAAGCCGAACACUUUUAUUAUUAGAUGUCUACAAUGGACUACAGUCAUAGAGAGGACCUUCCACGUGGACACAUUAGAAGAAAGGGAUGAGUGGGCAGAGGCGAUCCAGAUGGUGGCAGAUAAACUCCAAAGACAGGAAGAGGAGCGUAUCCAGUGUAGUCCCACCUCACAGAUAGAUAACAUGGGAGAGGAGGAGAUGGACACAUCGAUCAGCCAUCACAAACGCAAGACAAUGAAUGACUUUGACUACUUAAAAUUAUUGGGAAAAGGCACUUUUGGAAAAGUCAUUCUCGUAAGGGAGAAGGCCAGCGGGAAAUAUUAUGCAAUGAAAAUUUUAAAGAAAGAGGUUAUUAUAGCCAAGGACGAAGUGGCCCACACGCUCACAGAAAGCAGAGUACUAAAAAACACGAGACAUCCUUUUUUAACUUCUUUGAAGUACUCGUUCCAAACAAAAGACCGCCUAUGCUUCGUGAUGGAGUAUGUCAAUGGAGGAGAGCUGUUUUUCCAUUUGUCGAGAGAACGGGUGUUCUCCGAGGACCGCACGCGCUUCUACGGCGCCGAGAUCGUUUCCGCCCUCGACUACCUGCACUCUGCCAAGAUUGUGUACCGGGAUCUCAAGCUGGAGAACUUAAUGCUUGAUAAAGAUGGUCACAUCAAAAUUACAGACUUUGGCCUCUGCAAGGAAGGAAUCACUGAUGCUGCUACCAUGAAGACCUUCUGUGGGACGCCAGAGUAUCUGGCACCAGAGGUGUUGGAGGACAAUGAUUACGGGCGUGCGGUGGACUGGUGGGGUCUCGGUGUGGUCAUGUAUGAGAUGAUGUGUGGCCGACUGCCUUUCUACAAUCAGGACCAUGAGAAGCUCUUUGAGCUCAUCCUAAUGGAGGACAUCAAGUUCCCCAGGACCCUCUCUGCUGAUGCCAAGUCCCUGCUGUCAGGCCUGCUCAUCAAAGAUCCCAAUAAGAGACUUGGUGGAGGUCCAGAUGAUGCUAAGGAAAUUAUGCGACAUAGUUUCUUUGCUGGAAUUGACUGGCAGGAUGUCUAUGAUAAAAAGCUGAUACCUCCCUUCAAGCCUCAGGUGUCGUCAGAGACAGAUACCAGAUAUUUCGAUGAAGAGUUCACAGCUCAGACGAUUACAAUAACCCCACCUGAAAAAUUUGAUGAAGAUGGGAUGGACUGCAUGGACAACGAGCGGCGGCCGCACUUCCCCCAGUUCUCCUACUCGGCCAGCGGGAGGGAGUGAGCGCCACGCAGCCGACACUGCCUCAUCUUCAUCAAGGUUACCACUGGAACAAAUUAGGUCUUCAGCUUCUAACAGCCCCGGCCCUUUUGACCCUCCAUCGUCCGUCUUGGUUCUUUCAUUUGUUUAGGUAGACCAAGGGAAACUUCUGAUUUAGGGUGAUGGGAAUUUGCACGCCGGGUCGGACCGAGGUCCAGCCCGCUCAAACGUCCUCACAGCUCCAGCCCAAAGGUUGGGUCAUGAUGGGAGAACUUUUGCUGUUUGUCUUUGUGUUUCUCUCUUUGAUUUGAGAUGUCGCUUCACAUUCCUUAUUCGGUGGGAACUAGUAUCAAAGUUGUUUGACACAUCCAUUCAGUUCAGAUACAUACAUAAUACUGCAUGGCUAGUGAUUCACAUGGGUUUUGCGAUUCUGGGUACACUCAGUGUAACUACUCAAAACUUCUCCAGUCUCAGCUGCUUCUGUUCUUACUGUUUUUAAGGUUCACCUUCUGUUAUAUAAAGUCAAAACUGCCAUAAACGGUUUACUCAGGCUUCACAGAGUACAUCUGUGUUCAGGACUAGCUUUACCCCUCAUUGUAACUCAGUAUUCCUCCGUACAAAGCCCUGUGAACCUGAGCUAUGCAGCGCUAAACCCUCACUAAAACUACCCGUUAGAAAUGCUAUUCACCGAAGGCUUUCUUUCUUACAUAUCACUUCCUAAAAGCAUUGUCCCAGUGGAAAAAAAUGGUUUGACUGAUGCGUUUUAUGCACAUCUGUGACGUACAGUUGAUGAUCAGACUAAAUUCCCACAAAGCCCGAACUGUUUUUGAACAGUUGUGAGAAAGCCUUUCCACUCAACGCUCAAUAGUGCGAUCAUAGUGUAACAACAACAACAAAAGCCAGCAUUAAUGGAAAGAAUGACAGGAAGCACUUAUUUUUUGUUUUAUACGAAAAAUGUGAUAAGAAAAUGUAUUUAAGCGAAUUUAAUUUAUUUUUCUUUUCGUUUGUUUAUCCUUGCGUUCAUUACGAGUGCUUUCUGAGUCUCCUUUUUAAUAAAUGCACCUAAGAAGGCUUACGAAUGUAGAUGGGUCACUGCAAAGGCCUUCAUUUGUUAAUUUUAUUUUCCCUGAACUGUCUUCUUUUCAUGCCAGUGUAGUGUUGUUCUUUUUUUUUUUUGUCCCUGACGGAGUCUGACUAUAUUCCUCAACAUUGUGUGCAGUCUGAGUGAAGUUGAAGUGUGUUGCUUGUCUUUCAACCAAUGAAAGGGCUGUAAAAGACCACACUGAUUCAUUCAGGUGGAUAACUGUAAAGUCUGAAACAGAGCAGGAUACACACCACAUUGUGCUUUGCUUUACCUUUUAAUGAGCAUUUAAACAUGGCGCAGCACAUUCUCAUCUUGUUUCAAGGUAGGACUGUGAACAUGAAGGAAUCAGUUUGCUAAAAUGCAGAUGUUGAGUAGUCAAAUGCUAUUUUUAAACACAUUUGAAUAUGUAGGGCUGGGUAAAAAAAAACGAUUUCUCGAUUUUAAUCGAUUCUGAAUUCUAAAUCUAUUCUAAACGAUAUUGAUUCUUAAAUCCCAAAUAUCGAAUAGUCUAGACUUUUCAAUAAUUCUGAAUAAGCAUUGUGUCACAUUUCAUAUGAAACAAAGUCUAAGAUUUCAGUUCUGUGCAUUUUAUUACAGUAUUCAAACAAUAAAUGCCGUUGUGACGCUGUUUAAUGUCGUCUCAUCCGCUUUAACCAGUUUCAGCACGAAGUGAAGAUGAAUAAACGUCCAAAGGUAUGUUAAAAGAUAGAGUACAACUUACCGAAAUCCGUAUCCUGUUUUAUGUAAUCGCUCAAUCCGUGUUUCAACCGUGGAAAGACGUCAAUAUAACAGCUUGUAAACAAUUUGUCACGUAACGUCUUAUUUACCUCAGAGUAAACAUACUCAGUGACCAAACUCGUUAGCUGGGAAAAUUAACUUUAAAGAGAAGCACUUUGCUGAAUAUAUGCAGCAUGUAACAUUCGUUAGUUUUUUUUUUUUUUUUGUUACUGUUCCUCAAUGUUUGUUUGGAUAAAUCCGUCAAGUUUUUAUGACUGCUACAAUUUCAUUGUUUAUAUUUAAAAAAAAAAAACGAUUAGAGUAUAAAUAUAACUAUGUAAUUGUAACUUACACAAACUUCAGUGAGUGUAAUUUAAGCAUUUGCAUACUAAUCAGUUCAUUUUACCCUUCAAUAUUAUAGUAAUGUAGUACCAACUCACUCUCAUGUAUAUUUUACAGCAUUUGAGAUUUCUUUCUUUCUUUGAGAAAAUUUGGCAUGUACUGUAUUGAUAUAUGUGACCCUGGACUGUCAUAAGGGUCAAUUUUUUUAAACUGAGAUUUAUACAUCAUCUGGAAGCUGAAUAAAUAGGCUUUCCAUUCAUAGAACAGGACAAUAUUUGGCUGAGAUUCAACUAUUUUAAAAAAUUUGUAAUCUGAGGGUGCAAAAAAAUCUAAAUAUUGAGAAUCGCCUUUAAAGUUGUCCAAAUGAAGUUCUUUGCAAUGCAUAUUACUAAUCAAAAAUUAAGUUUUGAGAUAUUUACAGUAGGAAAUGUUCAAAAUAUCUUAAUGGAACAUCUUUAACUAUAUCCUAAUGAUUUUUGGCAUAAAAGAAAAAUCAAUAAUUUUGAUCCAUACAGUGUAUUUUUGGUAUUUGCUAUAAAUACACCUGUUCUGCUUAAGACAGGUUUUGUGGUCCAGGAUCACUUACACAAAAUAAUUGAUAUUGAAUUGAAUCAAAUCGUGAAAUCUAUAUCAAAACCCAGCCCUACUUUGUUUUGCGACAUCUAAUAUCAUGCAUCCAUCACAGACUUGUAUGCCAAUCAGAAAUUAGCAUAAAAACCUUUGAUAAACAUUGAAAUACUAGGAUGUCUAUAUGAGUUAUGAGCAAAAAAGUGACGAGUAAGUUAAGUUAAGUUAAGACGGUGUUUUUAAAUUGGGAUCAAAGGGAAAUCUCUGGAUUAUUGAGUAAUAAUUUAAUAUAUGCAGUACAUUUCCUGACAGUGUUUGGCAAUAAAACCUGCUGUCUGUCUGUGUGCGGUGUAUGUUUUCCGAGUAUAAAGAUGGCUCUCGUGCAUGUUGCUGUUGCGUUCAGUGUGUCAGUUUUAAUUUUGUGCAGGAACGGCAAAAUUUUUCAUUUAUAUUUGGCACUUUUUGAGGAAAUUUGGCCGAGUGCAGCCCCGAGGUUUGAGGUUAAGGUGAAGAGGGAAGUGAUAUAAGAGGAAGAAGCGAGUGUGUAUAUGAAACGUGACGUAGAAAAGGUCUGUUAGAGUGAGGCGUCUGAACUGGGGUUUUUGCAUGUUUGUUAAGGACUGACGUGGAUUUGAUGACGGCUGGUUCUGGAUUCAGAAAGUUUCUGUCCACAUCCCUCACGCCAAACUGAGCUUUCCGCCAAAAUGCCUGCGUCGAUUGUGAGCAUUGUGAAUUGUCCAAUGGUGUAAUGUGAGAUGCUGUAGCAUGGUACUGUUGCUCUAUUGCCAGUUUUGAUUUCAGCCGAGCUUGAGGAUGCUCUUUCGUUCAAACUGUGAUGUCCAACCCAAUAAUGUUGUCUGACAGCACAGCGGUGGUACUGUGGGAAGAUUCGCUGUUUGUGUCAUUCUGUCUUCCAACUUACAUGUUUUCCUUUUAGAUCAUUCCUUGUCUUUUUCCCAUUCCCAUUUCUUAUUUAUUGUUUUGAAGAGACAAAAAGUUAAAGAACUACCUGAUUUAAUGCAAUGAGCUUACACUGCUGACUGUUUAGUUUUUUUUUGUUUUUUUUUGGUGUUCAAUUCUUUUUGUUUUCUUAUUUAUCAGUGAAUAACUUGAAUAUUUUUCAACUGUUUGUGUCUUGUUUUACAUUUUCUGGUUAGGUAACAUUUACAAUUUCAAUUUAUAUUGAAUAGGGAGAUGGAAGCACUCAUUUUGUAUUUUUUUUUUGCUUGUUUGUUAUUGCUUUUUCACUUCAGAAAGUGAUUUGUGAUUGUACGGAUUGUAGGAUUAUUCAAUCAUACUGUGACGCUGUUCAUCCAUUAACUUUAAUAUGCACUUGUGAGGGACCAAAGGGUUUUCCUCAAGACAUGGAGAGGCAGGGAACGGUGAUGUUUAUCGGGGCGGUACCUUGCAUGUUAUAAUACGUACUUUAUUUAAACAGAAGAAGGGCCUUUGGCUUUGGCCAAAUCAAUCAUACACUUUUGUAACUCCAUAUUUUAACACUUGGCUUUGUAUCUGCCUGUAGUAGCACUUUCAUACCCAUUGCUCUUUUUAUAUAGCUCAGCAUAUAAAAAAAAAAAAAAAAAAAAAGGGUCCCUGCUUUGAAAAAAAAAAAGAAAGGAAAAUAAAACAAGAUAAAAGAAAGAAGAAAAUACUUGAAAGCACAGAUUCGCCCCUCAUGGACCUCAUGCUACUUUACUUUUCCUGAGUGAUUGUGCUCUGUUAUAUGUAACGGUGCGGAUGCGGAUAGACCCGAAAUGCUGCCAGGAGACACAAGCUUUGCCUGGUGACACAGACAGACUAAUAUUUCCCAAGAUUCCCUAAUGCUCUAGUGUUGUAGAAAAGUCGAGCUGUACCGUUGUCACCACUUCAAGAGUUUCAGAGGACAGUAAAGACACACGAAAGCCCAACCUAAAGAUUCCCUGAAUACUGAACUAGUGUGAGGAAGGGACCCAUGGUGACAUGGGCGGCACGGGCUCCAUCCCUCCUAAGCGCACAUCCGUGUGCACACUGCUGCUACUGUUUGUACUGUCUACAACAGACUUUCUCUAUAUCGCGCUCCUGGUAGUGUAUUAUGAAUGAGCAUGAAUUGUAAAGUAUUUAUUUAAAAACAAAAAAAGACAAAUCUUAAAAAAAGAAAAAAAAAACAAAAACAUUUUAUGUCCAUGUAGCUUUAGAGUUUGUGACAUUUCUUGACCUUGCUAGCUCUGUCAUUAGAUCCAUGUUAAGAACUAGUCAUGUGGUUAAGAAUUUUACAUGGAAGGGAUUAACAGAAAAAAAAUAAAAAUAAAAAACUGUAUUACCAUCCAUCAUAUAUAUAAAAAACAAAACAAAAAAAAAAAAAAAAAAAGUUUAUUUCCUUGAAUACAGUAUAGGGCCCACGCGGAUGCGGAAAGCUUAUCUGCAAGAAACUGUUUUUGUACACUGUACAUCCUAGUAUUUUUACACGUAAAUGUAUAUGAUAGGGAUGCACAUUAUUUUCCUUCUUACAGACUGCUUAAAUAAAGCACUAUGUCAAUCUG